AUGGCUCAGCUGAUGCAGAAUUGGACGAAGCCUUCGACAAGAACUGAGAUCAUCGAUCAGUUGGUGGAGGGAGUGGAUAGAUACAAUCCUCAAAACGUUGGCAUUCUCGAGGACUAUUUGUACCACCAGAUACGAGAGCGGGAACACGAUUGUCUCCCCAAUCUUGCCAUAUUAAAACUAUAUCAAUUCAAUCCCGACUUGUACAAUCCAGACGUGGUGAUAAAUAUCCUCAUCAAGGCUCUAACUGCCGCUCCUGCUCCCGAUUUCAACCUCUGUCUUGCUCUUCUCGGCGAAAGACAGGCGUGUGCCAAUAUCCCCCUUCCUGAUGGCGAACCCGACCCCCUCCGGCCACUACUCCCGAAUCUCAUCCAACUCUCCAAUCUCCUGCACACAUGCCGCUUUCCAGAUUUCUGGAAAACGUAUCUCUCGCAAGAACUUGCGCCACUGCGUGAAAAUUAUACUGUGGAAUGCGCAGGAUUUGAUGACUCCGUAAGGGACGCCGUGAUCAGGGCCGUCCAGGCAACAUUCACAAACAUUGGGAGGGACAGAUUUGCAACUUACGUCAACUUACAAGGGGCCGAUUUCGAGUCUUAUGUAGCUUCUUUGGGCUGGUCAUUGAAUACGUCAACGGGCGUCGUGUCUGUACCACCGAACAUCGACAAUCAGAUAAAAGCGACUGUUACGCGCGAGACGAUCACACUCCCGCAGCUUCAGAAAAUCGUUGGGCACUCUGCCAAGGCCUGAAUUGGGGCAAAGCUGUGUUGCUGCUUUGUCGCCUAUGUACUGCCACUAUUACUUCACGCAUCACACUGACCCCUUUCUCUUUGCGUUAUGGUUCCUGGAUGGGAUCACGUAAUUGCACAUUAAGGUUCAUGGAGUUCGACUAUUACAGGUGCCAAGAGGCACCAAGAGGUAUGAAUGCCGAUGUGAAAUGCGAAAAAAAAGGUCAUGGCAAUAGAACUUGAGUUACAUAAGAGUUUGAAGGAACGUGUUCGAGGUAGAAUAAGCAUAAACGAAUAAAGAAUGACCGGAAAAACAAUAGCAAAGAGUUUUUUGUCCGAUGAGGAAAUUCACAUAACAGCAAUCAUCCUUCCCAU